UGUGUGUGCGUGUGUGUGUGUUCUCUGUUUAAAAGAGGUGGAUGCAUAUGCCUCCCAUACAAACUGACAAAGCUGUGCUCUGUUUGUCAUCUUCAUCUUUAUCUGACGUUCUGAAUCCCACGGUGUCCGAGGCAUCAUGGGAUGGCAAAAGGUUUUCACGGACAAAAUGAUGCAAACGUUCCACAUCCGAAACCUACUGAUACGCCAGGCUCUUGCGGAAUGCCUGGGCACCCUUAUCCUGGUGAUGUUUGGCUGUGGUGCUGUUGCUCAGCUAGUCCUGAGUGAAGGAUCGCAUGGAAUGUUCCUGACAGUGAAUUUCGCAUUUGGUUUCGCUGCAACGCUUGGGAUUUUGGUGUGUGGCCAGGUUUCAGGUGGACACCUGAACCCAGCUGUGACCUUUGCCCUUUGCAUCCUUGGUAGGGAACCAUGGAGGAAGUUCCCUGUAUUCUUCAUAUUUCAGACUAUAGGUGCCUUUCUUGGAUCUGCAAUCAUAUUUGGCAUGUAUUUUGAUGCACUUUGGGAGUAUCGGAAAGGCAGUCUGAUUGUGUUGGGUGAAAAUGCUACAGCUGGAAUAUUUGCCACGUAUCCAUCCAAUCAUCUUAGCCUGGUCAACGGCUUCUUUGAUCAAGUGAUUGGCACAGCAGCACUGAUCGUGUGUAUACUUGCCAUCGUGGACCCGUAUAACAACCCAAUCCCACGUGGGCUAGAAGCCUUCACUGUAGGCUUCGUGGUUUUGGUUAUUGGCCUUUCUAUGGGAUUUAACUCUGGUUAUGCCGUAAACCCAGCCAGAGACCUCGGACCUCGAAUCUUUACAUCGAUUGCAGGCUGGGGCAGUGAAGUCUUCACAGUGAAUGAUUACUGGUUCUUUGUUCCAAUCUUCGCACCAUUUAUCGGUGCCCUAGUGGGCGUUUUGGUGUAUCAGCUGAUGGUGGGAUACCAUUUGGAGGGAGAAGCCCGAGAAAGGGAAGAAGCAGAAGACCCCAAAGAGAAAGUAAGGCUGAAGUCAUGCAAAGUGUCUGGGUAAAAUGCCAUUGUGUAAAAUCUCCCUUACAGUUUAUAUUGUUGUUUAAGUCCUUUCUUACAGUCCAAAUCCCAGACAGUACUUUUUCAUGUUCCUUAUGAGAUUAAGAGCUGAUAUUAUCUCUACUCUCCAUUCCAAAUCUCAGACAGUAUAAGUCCCAUGUUUUCUUUGGCACAUAAUAUUUGACUGCCUUUGUACAGCCGUCUGAUUGCCAUUAAGUCCUAAAUCCCAGAAUGUUUGUCCUCUCUUACUUGCUGCUUUUAAUGUAUAACCAGACAAGUCUAGACAUGACUAAAUCCUGCACUAAACACACAAACCACAAGAUCCAAACUUCUGACAUAUUAGUCAAGACACAGCUGUUCCUGAACAGCACAAAAUGCAUAUCAAAAUACAUUUUUAUGUACAUUAUAGUCAUUCAUAAAUGUAUUUCUGUGUUGAGAUAAUCAAGAUUUCAAGCUAUGUUCAGAAGGAGAUAAUGACUUUAUACCAUAUUGCACAAGCCUUUCAUAAGGAUUAUAGAAGCAGAGUAUACAUAGUUUAUGCAUAGAAUUUCCCACUGACUAAAACAUAUGCCCAAAGACAACCUUUAUCUUCACUUCAAUGGAGAUGUUUGGAUGUUCUCCCCAUGCUUCUGGUGUUUCAUCUGGCUACUCCAGACUUCUCUCCCAGUCGAACGAUACGCUGUAGGCUGAUCAGCGUUUCUAAAUUGUCUGAGUGUGUAUAUGUGUGUGUGUUUGUGUGUGUGUUUGUGUGUGUGUGUGUGUGUGUGUGUGUGUGUGUGUGUGUGUGUGUGUGUGUGUGUGUGUGUGUGUGUGUGUGUGUGUGUGUGUGUGUGUGUGUGUGUGUGUGUGAUUGUACUUUGCAAUUGGGUGGCAUCCCCUCCAGGGUGCUUUGUGCCUUGUGCUCUGAGUCCCCUGGCAAAGAUGCCAAGACCCCAUGAACCUGUGUGGGAAAAGCACUACAGAAAAUGGAUGGCUAGAUAACCUAGGUCUAAAUUAUGAGUUGAUAGUUACUUGCUAUUUCGUCAGUGUUGAAAUAUGUUGAAUAAUCUUUUGUCGUCUGCAUUCGAUGUGACUUUUAUUCAUCUUUGUUAUUAAUAUAUCAUCGUUAUCUUCCUAGCAUGAAGAAUUCCAUCCUAUUUCCAUGUGUUUUAUUAAUUACAACCAUUUUCCUUUCAUUGUAUUAAUGUUAUUAAUUCAUGUAUUCCAGCAUCAUGACUUUAUUUCUGUGCUAAUUGAGAUGCUUUUUUUUUCAUUACAUAUAUAUGUAUCAUCAAAAAAAUAUUAAAAAUUCUAUAAAUACAGUUUUUUGUUAACAUUUGCAUUGUGUAACAGAGGAUUUGAAGCAUUUUUUAUAUCAAAAGAGUAUGUUCAUACAUUUAGAGAAUUUCACAGUAAAUAAAACAUGAAAAACGCCCGAUGUGGCCCAAUACACCAAGGCCGGCAUUAAGUUUCCUCUCAUCUCUGCCAAAAAAUUCCCUUUGAGCCUUGAGGCGCUCAUAAAACGCACCGUUUGACUCUUUUUCAGCUUCAUCAAGCAUAAAGUGGACAAGUCGAAGGCCAUUUCCAACAAUGAUGCAAUAAAUAAAACCUGCUUAGGUGAACACUACAUGGGCACUAAAGUUUUGCCCUUUAAUGGAUUUCACAUCA